UCCUUCUCCAGCCUCUGCUCCAGCACCACAGCAGCGAGCGAGAGAGAGAGAUGCGCUCAUUGAGGACACGGCAGCAACGAAAUGCGCACAGCCCCGCUCCCGGUCCGGGGAAAGCAGAGCCCUGACCCCUGCUCUCUUACCGUGAUGGGUUAGAGGGGACAUGGCAAACUUUGACACACUUUGCUUGACACAGGGGAAUCAUGCCCGGAGAUCCGCGCUGCCGAGCGACUCAGCUCAGAGCACAAUAACAGAGAAGUGAGAGAGAAGGAGAGCGAGAGAGCCGAUUCUAUUUUCUGACUGUUUCUAUUCCGUUUUUGGCUUUGAGAGAUGAUCACGGAGCUGGUGUGCACCGCCGUGGCUGUGGGUCUCUAUCUGAACACGCUGGACGCAGAUUUCUGCUACGAUGACAGUCGAGCCAUCAAGACGAACCAGGACCUUCUGCCAGAGACGCCGUGGACCAACAUUCUGUAUGAUGAUUUCUGGGGGACGCUGCUCACCCACAGCGGCAGCCACAAGUCAUUCCGCCCGCUCUGCACCCUCUCCUUCCGCCUCAACUACACCCUGCACGGCCUGCGACCUUGGGGUUACCACUUGCUGAACAUCGUGCUGCACGGCCUGGUCACGGCCCUGGUCACGGCCCUCAGUCACUCGCUGCUCGGCAGGGGCUUGUGGAGCCUCCUCGCCGGCCUGCUUUUCGCCUCUCACCCGGCGCACACCGAAGCGGUCGCCGGCGUGGUCGGCAGGGCGGACGUCGGUGCCGCCUUGUUUUUCCUGCUGUCUCUCCUCUGCUAUGUGAGACACUGCGGAUUACGGGGUGACAAAUGGAGGGCUUUUCAGAGGAGGACAUGUGGCGGCGGCUCCACUACCAGAUGCUGGGGCUGGAUGCUGGGCAGCCUGUGGUGUGCAGCUGCCAGCAUGUUGUGGAAGGAGCAGGGUGUGACUGUGCUGGCUGUGUCGGCCGUGUACGACCUCUUUGUGUUCCAGAAGCUGCGCGUUCGCCAGGCACUACUGCUCCUGUUAGGGAAGAAAAAGAACCUAAGUGUUUUGCUGAGUCUCUGCACGCUGGCCUGCUGGGGAGUCAUUUUGCUGUCAGUCCGCCUCUACUGGAUGGGAAACAAGCCUCCAAACUUCUCCAACUCAGACAACCCAGCAGCUGACUCUCCACAUUUACUCACUCGAACGCUAACAUUCCUCCACUUGCCUGCUGCCAAUGCCUGGCUCCUGCUCUGCCCGGACAAGCUCAGCUUUGACUGGUCCAUGGACGCCGUGCCCUUGGUCAGGUCCUUGGCCGACUGGAGGAACCUUCACACUGCUGCCUUUUACUGCGGGUUGAUCCUCCUGGCUUUGUUCGGUUUCCGCGGUGCCACUGUCACAGCGAAGGAGACCAACGGGAAAUCCCAUCUAACAAAUGGGAAAUCGGUCACGAAUGGGAAUGGUUACCAUGUCCCUGACACAAACCAAAACAGGGACCUGCCAAAACCCACUCUCAAUGGGUCUGCUGUACCUCACCGCUGUUACUCCCACACAUCCCUGCCCCCCACAGAAAGCUUAGUUGUGUUUUCAUUGGGAAUCCUGGCAUUGCCUUUCAUCCCAGCCACCAACUUAUUCUUUUAUGUGGGUUUUGUGAUUGCAGAGAGGGUACUGUACAUCCCCAGCAUAGGCUAUUGCCUACUAGUUGCGACAGGUGCACGAACGUUGUAUGUUAGACUGAGGACAAGAGCCUGCAAGGCUGCAAUGUUGUGUCUUUGCAUCGGACUCGUGCUACUGAACGGGCUCAAAACAGUUCAAAGGAACAAAGACUGGAGCAACGAAGAAAAUCUUUACAAGUCUGGGAUCCAUGUGAACCCUGCAAAAGCCUGGGGAAACCUGGGAAACGUACUGAAGAACCAGGGCAAGAUGGCGGAGGCGGAGAAGGCAUACCGAAAUGCUCUUCACUACCGAGGGAACAUGGCUGACAUGCUGUAUAACCUGGGUUUGCUGCUGCAGGAGAACGAACGUUUCUCUGAGGCGCUGCAGUAUUACAAGCUCGCCAUUGGGAGUCGACCAACUUUGGCAUCGGCUUACUUGAACACAGGAAUAAUCCUCAUGAACCAGGGCGACCUGGAAGAGGCCAAGCGCACCUUCCUCACUUGCGCUGACAUUCCAGAUGAAAACUUGAAGGAUCCUCACGCCCACAAGAGCUCAGUCACCAGCUGCCUGUAUAACCUGGGGAAGCUGCUUCAUGAGCACGGCCAGCAGGAGGAGGCUCUGUAUAUUUAUAAAGAAGCAGUGCAGAAAAUGCCAAAACAGUUUGCACCACACAGCCUUUUCAACAUGAUGGGAGAGGCCUAUAUGCGCCUGAACAGGCUGGAAGAGGCCGGUUACUGGUACAGAGAGUCCCUCAAAGCAAAGCCUGACCACAUCCCUGCCCACCUCACCUACGGCAAACUAUUGUCAAUCAUUGGGGAGAAAACCGAAGCAGAGAAAUACUACAUGAGAGCAAUUCAGCUCGAUCCUACUAAAGGAAACUGUUACAUGCACUAUGGUCAGUUCCUGUUGGAGCAGUCUCGUCCUAAAGAAGCGGCGGAGAUGGCUGAGAGAGCUGCCGAGCUGGACAUGGAUGAAUUCGAUGUGGUCUUCAACGCUGCUCACAUGCUCAGACAGGCCAAUCUAAAUGAAGCAGCAGAGCGGCAGUAUAAACGUGCAGCCAGCCUCAGACCAGAUUAUCCAGCUGCUCUGAUGAACCUUGGCGCCAUCCUUCACCUGAACGGGAAGCUUCCCGAGGCAGAGGCCAACUACCUACGAGCCCUUCAACUCAAACCUGACGACGCCAUCACUCAGUCCAACCUGCGCAAGCUGUGGAACAUCAUGGAGCGACAGGGGCUCAAGACGAAGCAGAGAGGGGAGCCCUAAGCCGAGAAGACCACCGUCUCGUAUCUUUGCGGUGCUCAAAGCAUGGAGCGGGACGGAGGCAAAAUGCUCAGUCGAGUUCGGGGAUAGUCGAAGUUGGUGUGAUUGAAGUUUGAUGGCAAACUUCUGCAUUACACCGCAGUGUUCAUUUGGUGGCUCAGACUACUAAAACUAAAUCUAAUGGUUCUUUUACCAUAAAUGUGAUACAGCUCUUGCUAAAGGAGACAAAAACGGAGAGAUGCACCGAGAAAUUGGCUAGGGACUAGCACCGACCAGCGGUGUCAACAACUCACAAAUGCUUUCUUUUCUUCAAGCCGUAAACAAGUAGGCACUAACAACAGCACAAUUCAGGUUGAGAUCUGUUGCUGUGGGAAUUAGGGAGGCAUCAGAGGAAGCUCAAAAUUUGCAGGAAGCUGUAACAAAGGGAAGAGAGAGACCUCGGCAGAUACCAGGUGAACUGGGGUAUAAACAUAGACGGCUUCUUUGAAAUCUCAGAGUUAUGGCAAAAAUCUACGUUCUCCAGGACAUUGGUUCGCAAUCUUUUUCUCAUAAGUACCACCUCAGUACAUUCUAGCUUUCCAAGUACCUCCAUGAUCAUUGACAUUUUUAAAACAGUAACACAA